CGAUCCCCCCUGGGGCCCUGCGCGCCGCAGAGCGCUGCGGAGCCGGGACGCGGGAGCUGGGCUCGGCGGGAGCGGCAGCUCCUCUGAUUCUAAAAGCCCAGGGAUGAAGCAGUUGCCAGCUGAAACUGUCCGGCUCCUUUCAAGUUCUCAAGUGAUCACAUCAGUUGUUAGUGUAGUGAAGGAGCUGAUAGAGAAUUCCUUGGAUGCCAAUGCCACAAGCAUUGAUGUUAAACUGGAGAAUUAUGGGUUUGAUAAAAUAGAGGUGCGAGACAAUGGUGAUGGCAUCAAAGCUGCUGAUGUUCCAGUUAUGGCAGUUAAGCAUUAUACCUCAAAAAUAAGCUGUCCGGAGGAUCUUGAAAGCUUGACAACCUAUGGCUUUCGUGGUGAAGCCUUGGGAUCAAUUUGCUGCAUAUCUGAGGUUUUGAUCACAACAAAGACAGCUGCUGAUGAUUUUAGCACUCAGUACAUCUUGGAUAGCAGUGGGCAUGUAACUUCUCAGAAGCCUUCUCAUCUUGGGCAAGGUACAACUGUAGCUGCACUGAAGCUGUUUAAGAAUCUUCCUGUAAGAAAACAGUUUUACUCAACAGUUAAAAAAUGUAAGGAGGAAUUAAAAAAAAUCCAAGAUCUUUUGAUGGCGUAUGGCAUCAUAAAGCCAGAACUACGGAUAAUCUUUACACAUAACAAGGCAGUUAUUUGGCAAAAGACCAGGGUGUCAGAUCACAAAAUGUCCUUUAUGUCAGUUCUGGGAACUGCCGUUAUGGGCAGCAUGGUACCUUUUCAACAUCGCUGUGAAGAUCCUGAGGUAUUUCUGUCUGGAUUUCUUCCAAAACCUGAAUCAGACAAUUCUUUGACAAGUCUUUCAAGUUCAGAAAGGAGUUUCAUCUAUAUAAACAGUCGGCCAGUACAUCAAAAGGAAAUAUUAAAGCUGGUUCGACAGUACUAUAAUCUGAAGUCACAUAAAGAUUCUUCUCGUUCGUACCCUGUUUUCUUUAUUCAUAUUACUGUACCUGCCUCCGCUGUGGAUGUUAAUUUAACACCUGAUAAAACUCAAGUUUUACUUCAUAAUAAGGAAUCUGUCUUAUCCGCUGUUGAAAAUGUAUUGACAUCGCUGUAUGGGCUACUACCUGGUACAGUUUCUUGUGAAACUAAUAAAACAGAUGUUACCUCAGUGGACAUGGUUGUUAAUGAAACAGAACAAACAGAUGUGCUUGUUAAUAAAAUGGAACCAUUUGGGAAUAGUGAUCCACAUGCACAUACUUCAUCCUUUUCAUUCAGUAAUGAUGUGCAAAAUGGGCAAGCAGGAAAAAACACCGAGGUCUGCUUAAAUCAUCAAAGAUUUUCUAGUGAUAAUACUCAUGGUCUCCUCAAUAGAAAAGAAAUGUCUGGCACUGACGUGACUGUGAGUGAUAUAUCUCAAGACAGUUCCAUAAAUAAUUUAUCAUGUGAGGACAGCCAGAAUGGAUAUAGUGUAACAUUAACCCUAGAUGGCAGUACUCACAUGGACACUCAAUCUAAAAACAGAAGUGAGCAUCCUUUAAGAGCCGGUCACACUAAUGAAAUGGAAAAAAAUGAGGCAAAUACAGUCCCUGAGUAUGUAUCUGAAAUCUCUGCUGAUAAUUGGAGCAAGGGGAAUGCACUUAAAAAUCCUACAGGAGAGAACCUGGAACCUGUAAAGAUUUUGAUACCUGAAGUAGGAGGAAUAACAAAUCAUAAGGCAAAUGAAAAUACUGGUGAACAAGAUCAUGAUCAGCAGAGUGCAAAUCAAAGUAUAAAAAAACCGAAUGUAAUUAAUGAUAAAGCAGGACAUAUCAUGGCCUAUGAUUUAAUUAGUAAUCAAAUAAUCCGGAAACCCAUGUCAGCAGUUGCCCUGUUCAACCAAGAAUAUCGUUCUAGAUUAUUAACUGAUAAUCCAAAGGCCAACAUGGAGGACUUGAUGCUGAAAAUUGAAGGACUAUGGGAGAAACUGAGCAGAGAGGAGAGAAAGAAGUAUGAAGAAAAAGCCAUGAAAGACCUGGAACGAUACAACAACCAAACCAAGAAAGCUGUGGAGCAGAGAAUACAGAGAUCAACAAAAGAGACAGAAAAAAGAUACAAGCCCAAACUGAAGACUUCUCUCUCUGACCAGCAGAAACUUGACAAACUUUUUCAGUCUCAAAUUGAAAAGAAACACAGCCAUAACCAAGCUAUGAAAAUUGUACAGGUGCCCUUUUCUAUGAGUUCUUUCAAACGUCAACUUCAAAGACUUGAGAAGAGAAAUUUUGAUAAACACGAGUCUUGCCUGAUCUGUCACCUGAGUUUUCCUGAUGCAUGGAUAACUGCUUCUGAAAAAAAAAUCAUGUUGCUAAAUCCGUAUAGAGUGGAAGAAGCCCUACUUUAUAAGAAACUACUGGAGCAACACAAACUUCCUAUAGAGAAACUGGACAAGCCAAUUGUAUUAACUGACAGUUUGUUCAGCGGAUCUCAUUAUAUGGAUUCUCUCUACAAUAUGCCAAAGGAUUGCCAAAAAUUAAAUGGAUCAAUUUACUUGUCAGAUCCAAGGCUUAUAGCAAAUGGUUUUAGGAUAAAACUAAUACCAGGAUAUUCAGCUACAGAAAACCAGCUGGAAAUAGAAGGAAUGGCUAAUUGUCUGCCAUACUAUGGUAUAUCAGAUUUAAAAGAAAUUCUGAAUGCUGUGAUAAACAAAAAUGCAAAGGAAGUAUAUGAGUGUAGACCUCUCAAAGUGAUAAACUACUUGGAGUUCAGGGUUUUGGAGAACUGACAGGAACGGAUGGGGAAGUGGACAAGCCUGCCUUCCAUUAUUCCUUGUCAUCUUUCAAAUCUGCCAAAUGGCCCACAAGCUAUCAAGCAACCAGCCUACUUUCUUCAUCAAGUGGUGUCCCUGUGGGUGCUCCACUUCAGGUGUCGGUGCAUCCUGGUACCGUUGAUUGGAGAUCUUCAGUAGCAGUGCCCAGUCAGAAUGUGCAUGUGCAGUUGGUGUCUCACAGCUUCGUUGGAAUGUUUUUGGCGCACGCGCAUUCCAACCCCCUCAGUUCAUUCUCUGCCGUCCUUGGCUGAAGAUGGAACUUGGGGCAGUGCUGAACCUCUUCCUCUAUUUUGAGAGAAAAUUAGUUUUAGUUAGAUAAAACCUCCCCAGUUACUACUCUACCUUUAGACAGUUGCAUAGAGCUCAUUAAAAAACAAAACAAAACCAAGUUUUUCUUAACCCCUCUUCCCCCUUUGGGAGUGACACACUAUCUGGUGCCACCAUGGGGCCACCGGCACCAGCCAAGACCAAAGACAAACUGCUUAAACCAACAGCUUCUGACUCUAAAUCCUUGGUGCCGCACACUCCAGCACAGACGCAAUUUCUAAUGCAUCAAGACAUCUCAGUGGAUUCUCCUCUACUCAGUACCGAGGGCUCACCCUUGAUCCAGCCACCCUCUCCUACUGAACGCUCCGUCUUCACAGACAGUGAUGGCAAUGACCACGGAGACGCAGUUUUUCUCCACCCAACUUUCCUCCACCACAACAAAGACCACCUCACAGGAACGUGCAUCACAACAACCAACCCCACUUCCCAUGGUUUGCUCCACCAAGGAUGGGACCUCAACUACCAUGCCCCAUGCAAUGGGCACUUUGGACCCAUGGGCACCCUAUAAGGCCCACUAUUCCUGCACCUCCUCACCCCAUAGAGCGCAGAUCCGUUCUCCAUCUAGAUCCCCAAUGCCAUCCCUGUGAAGAGCCCGGACCUGACAUGGAGUUGCCCAAACACAGCUCCUCUUCUUUGCCUAAUGAAGCCAUCAUGCCACCCCCACCAACUAUGGCAGAUGACUUCAAGCAAUUUCAGGAAUUAUUGAAGAGGGUUGCAAUCAGCCAGGACAUUCCAGUGGAGGAGGUACAGGAGAAUCAACAUAAGCUCUUGAAGAUUCUCAAAGAUUGCACUCCCCAUAAACGAUGCCAAAGUAGAACCGGUUGACACUAUCUGGCAGACACCAGCCUCCGUCCCGCCAACAUGUAAAAAGGCUGACCGGAAAUAUUAUGUCCCAGCUAAGGGCGUGGACUUUUUAUUCUCACACCCACAGCCCAACUCCCUUGUGUUUGAAGCGGCUAACCAUAGGGCUAAACAACCUCAUUACCGGUCCACACCCCAAGAAAAAGACUUCAAACACUUUGACCUCUUAGGUCGCAAGGUUUACACAUCCUCUACUCUCCAAUUUAGAAUUGCCAACUACACUGCUCUUCUCGCUAGCUAUGACUUUGAUCAUUACAACCAACUUUUUGAAUUCACCUCUCACAUCCCAGAGAACUGAAGAGCGGAUUUUAAAUCGGUCCUGGUAGAGGGACAGCUAGUAUCUGGAACGGCGCUUCAGGCAUCUCUGGACAUGGCUGAUAUGGCAGCUCGCACCACAGCUACUGUGGUGGUGAUGCAUAGAGCCUCUUGUCUCUCCUCAUCUGACAAGAGCUACCCUAAAGAGCUACAGACCAAAGUGGAGGAUUUACCCUUCGACAAAGAAACUUUUUUCCUGAAAAACGGAUGAAGUCCUUCACAUGAUGAAAGAUUCCAGAGCCACCCUCCGAACACUAGGGAUCUACACCCCUCCUUCCAAGAGAAAGAGAUACCAGCCUUACCAGAGCAAUACAGCUGCCCACAGUCCAAGUAAUAUGACACUGGGAGGUCCCUCGGCAGGCCUAACAGAGGUCGAACAACCCAGUCAAAACAACCUAUGUCCCACCAGUCGAGCAACAAACCGCAAUUUUGAAGUCUUGGUUGAGGGUCUGAGCAACCAGUCCUUACCACCAGCGCCUACUUGCCCUUUUGGCCAUUGCCUCCAACGCUUCUGCCGCACUUGGCGAAACAUCACACAGGAUUGCUGGGUCCUGGAAAUAGUGCAGUCAAGCUAUUCCAUCCCCUUUAUUUCGUGCCCCCCUACCCUUUCCGUCCCUCUUCAGGGACCCCUCUCAUGAAUACCUACUUCAGGAAGAACUCAGCUACUCCUCUUAGGUGCAGUGGAACAAGUUCCAACACAACACACAGGGAAGGGGUUUUACUCCCACCAUUUCUUGACCCAGAAUUAAAGCAGAAGAUGGUCACCCAUUCUAGACCUGCGAUGACACAACAAAUUCGUCCGCUCCCAGUCACGUUGGGAACGAUAAUACCAGUGCUGGAACAAGGGGACUGGUUCUCAGCUCCCGACUUCAAGAUGCAUACUUCCAUAUCUCAAUACACCCAACACACAGACGAUUCCUACGGUUCAUAGUGGGACACGACCACUUCCAAUACAGAGUGCUCCCAUUUGGUCUCUCCACCACACCGCGGGUGUUUUCCAAGACACUCACAGUGGUAGCAGCCCACCUGCGCAAACAAGAGAUCAUAUUUUUCCCAUACCUGGACGACUGCCUCAUCAAGGGCCGAUCAUACGAAGAAACGCAAAUGGCCACACUGUCGACCAUCGCUCUUUUCCAAAGGCUCGGACUGCAAAUAAACUGUGAUGCCUACACAGCAAAUAGAAUUCAUUGGGGCUUACCUGGACUCAACCCUCGCCAGAGCCUUCCUCCCGCAGGCCAAGUUCCUCACUAUCAGACACCUUAUACACACGGUGUCCAUCUGUCCAGGGGUCGAAGCCAGAACGUGUCUGCAAUUUCUGGGCUAUAUGACAGCUGCCAUGUUCGUGGUGAAACAUGCCAGGCUACACAUGAGGUGCUUACAGUUUCUUUAAGCACAAGAUCACGAUGCAGCCCCACCCUAAAUUUCUGCCAAAGGUGGUGUCCUCUUUCCACCUUAACCAGACAAUACACCUCCCCACGUUGUACCCCAAACCCCACAGAAAGCGGCACUUCAUACCCUUGAUGUAGAAAGGCGAUUGCCUUCUACUUGGACAGAACAAAAUCAUUUCAUAAAGCGCCUAGACUCUUCAUAUCUACUGCAGAAUGCUCCAAAGGAGCUGCUAUUUCGAAACAGCAGCUCUUCAAGUGGAUCUCUGACUGUAUUAGGUCCUGCUACCAGAUCCACGACAUUGAACAUCCUGACGGCAUCAGAACUCAUUCCACUCGAGCUAUGUCAACAUCGGUAGCGUUCUUACACAACGUACCCAUUAUUUACAUAUGCAAAGCUGCUGCAUGGUCAUCAGACCAUACGUUUGCCAAACACUACGGCAGCAUACAAGUUGCCAGAGCAGUCACUGUCAUAGGUCAUACAGUACUGGCUGCCACUGCCAAACCCACAACUCCAAAGUCCCCCCCAACCAUAGUAGGUACUGCUGUACAUUCACCUGAAGUGGAUCACCCACACGGACACCACUUGAAGAAGAAAAGAAGGUUACUCACCCUGUGCAGUAACUGAGGUUCUUCGAGAUGUGUGUCCCUGGGCGUGCUCCACUACCCACCGCCCCUCCCCUCUUCUUUGGAGUUAGACUUAAAGGACUCCAUGGUGGAGAAGGAACUGAGGGAGUCGGAAUGCGCACGCGCCAAGAAGACUCCAAUGCCUCCACGAGACACCAACUGCGCACGCUCGUCCUAACUGGGCACUGCUACAGAAGAUCUCCCAUCAACGGCGCCAGGACGCACCAACACCUGAAGUGGAGCACCCACAGGGACACCACUUGAAGAACCUCAGUUACUGCACAGGGUAAGUAACCUUCUUUUCUUACGCUGGAUUUGGGCCUGUAUGGCUAGUUUUUUAAGACAAGAUGAAUCCGUUCAUCAAGAGAUUAUCUAUCUGAAACGGAGGAGAGCAGAUAAGGGCAUUUGUUGGACCUGUGAACAUUUCUGUAACAAGGAAAGAUAUUGCACAGCAAUAACAGCAGUAGGCACGUAGAGAGACUAAACGGGAGACAUAAGGCCUGCAAUAAUUUUAAAAAAUCAAUUAAAAAAAAUUGAUGUGGGCUUGAGGCCAGCUUGGUGGCCUAAUGGCAGUACACUGCCAAAUAGGCAGUUCAAGCUUUGUCUUUGAACUCUACAUUUGAGCAGGAUGCUCUUUGCCUUUCUCUCCAGCUUGGUGGCCUAAUAGCAGUACACUGCCAAGUAGGCAGUUCAAGCUUUGUCUUUGAACUGUACAUUUGAGCUGGACGCUCUUUGCCUUUCUCUCCAGUGAUCCUCGUUUGGCAGCUCCAAGGGGCAGUAUUGACUACUAGUUCCAGAAGGAGUUACAUUCAGACCUCCUGGCUGGAGGGAAAUCCACAAUGAUGCAGGACCUUUCAGGCUGGGAGAAAAAGGGACAGCAUCCCUGGACUGUGGGAGGGAAUGAAGUAGCUCAAGCUUAAAAAUUCCUGAACUCAUGUUCAGUUUUGUACAUUGUGAAGGAAGGCAGCAGGCAAGUGGUGAGGAAUACUGGCUAAGUAAUAUGAUUAAAAUACCAACUCAGCAAUGCCACUUUAAAGAGACCUUAAGGUUUUGUAUUUUGUCAGCUUUCAAUGAAAUCAAUAAAUUAAGGGAACUAAAAAGAUCAAAAGGUGCUCAGCAUCUUGCAAGACUGGACCCUAAAAGAGAGUACAAACAUGACCAACAGAUUGGCAAUACAAGUUAAUUUCCAAAAAGAAAAGGAGUACUUGUGGCACCUUAGAGACUAACAAAUUUAUCUGAGCAUAAGCUUUUGUGAACUACAGCUCACUUCAUCGGCAACCGAUGAAGUGAGCUGUAGCUCACAAAAGCUUAUGCUCAAAUAAAUUUGUUAGUCUCUACAGUGCCACAAGUACUCCUUUUCUUUUUGAGGAUACAGACUAACACGGCUGCUACUCUGAAACAAGUUAAUUUGAUGCUAUUCUUUCUCAUUGUGAUUUGACCUGAUACCUUGCUUAGUACCUUGAAAUGUCUUGUAAGACUUUUGCUUAGAGUUGUAGUUUGGAUGCUGGGUUUGAAUAUACUGGUAAUAAGAAAUAGAAUUUACCACUAGGAAAGAGAAAAAUGGAAUAUAUUACUACUGCCUGUUGAGUUUAUUGAAGCCACAUGUUAAUCUGAUACAAGGUAGCACUAUAAAAUUUAUGGGGGGGUUUCCUCUCCACAGGGAGAAGCAGUGCGUAUGUCUCGGCAGCUACCCUUGUAUAUGU